AAGCCACUGCCGCUCUACCUGCAAUUGCCAUGCCACCGACCGACUUUACUACACGACCCAGCUGCUUCAUCAGAGCAGCUGAACAAUGCUGACCUGUCAGUCCCGUGGUUCUGAAGCGAUCUACUAGCCAUCCAGGAAAGGAGGUCUCUCAGAUGGAGACUACAUGAGCUCUGUACCUCCAUCAAAUGGAGAUUACAGGGGAUAUCUGCUUUAGAGGCCAUUAAGCUCGCUAACGUGAGUUCUGACCCUGUUGUUCAGCACUCGAGUCCAUGAAUAUGAUGCCAAUCGUGACCGUCGCUGUCAGUUAACAUUGUCCAAGGACCCAGGCAUUCUUCAUUCCCUUUUUCGCCGGCAGGCAGGUUUCAUCAACAGCCGUCACUCGGUCUCAGCCUCUCAGGGAUGGGAGGUGGGAUCGGAUCGGAGGCCGGGGGAGCGGCACCGGCGCCACCGACGGCCCUCGGAUCGGCAUCGGACGGACACAAACGUGUCCCCGUCGGCUUUCGCGUGUCCAGACUAUUUAGCCAUUGAUACGCCGGAUCCAAGGACGUCAUCUUCAUCUCCACGCUACGCCUGUGGCUGGCACUGGCACACACAGUACAGCCUCAUCGCCACUUACCACCGUCUAACGAAAAAGCAUCGACGAGCGAAGCGAAAAAGAUGCCGCCAGCUCUGCGGCGAACGAUCCUGCUGGCCGCGGCGGCGGCGACGACGGCGGUGCUGCUGCUGUGGCCGGCCGCCUGCGUCGCGGACGACGACGGCACGACGUUCCCGCCGUCGGCGUUCCCCUUCUGCCCGACGCGGCCGGCCGGGGUCUCCACGGGGCCGUUCCCCUGGUCGCCGCCGCCGCCGUCGUCGGUGGCGGUGUUCCCGCAGGAUCCGGGGUUCUUGACGUCGGACGCUUGCGCGGUGCCACGGCUGCCGCUGCUCGCUGUGUUCUCUGUUCUCUUGGUGUUUUUGCAGUGACUCGCUCGCGGUUGCUGCCCUGGACUGGAUGCAUAUCUAUCCGUAGCUGCCCAGUUCAGAAAAUUAAGGUUUGCUCCAACGACAGGCCUUUGUUUCAUACAGCUCUGUGGAAAAGAAAAGAAAAAAAAUCUACUAGCUUUCCCCUGCAGCAGCUCUGUUUUUGAGAACGUAGCUCUGCUUUGUUUCUUCACAGGCGAAGGAAUAUCUUCGUGUAUAACCCGUAGCUAGCUUCAUUCACGUAAUUCAGGCUUUAGCUUGGAUAAUAGUAAAACUAGUGUCACUGGCGUUGAAGGUUCUGAAAUCCCAGUAGCUUUCCUUCAGACUUAACACCAUGCUCUGAAAUUCCAUUGACACCAUCAAUGUUGGUUGUGUGGUAAUCACUGAGCAAUGGACAUGCAAAACAGAUCUGAUUGUUAUGUGGUAACCAAGGA